UGCUUUGGGCCGCUAAAAGCCCGUCUCCACCAGUCCUUGUCAAACUCACGCCGUUAUGGAGGAGAUCCGUCACUUUUUGGAGGGGCACAAGGCCUUGGCCCUGGGAGGGGCCGUGGUAGGAGGGGCCGUGGUGGGUGCCCUGGGGGUGCUAGGGUGGACGGCAUUCCAUAAGAACGACGCUGGACCGCUGACGCCCCCGGUCGACCCGUCCUCGUUCACGAAGAAGAACCAUGUAUACCUGUUAAUUCCACCUCGGCUCGGAGCAGUGCCCAGUAUAUCCCCAUUCUGUGUGAAACUGGAGACAUGGUUCCGCAUGGCAAACAUCCCAUACGAGGUUGUAGAAACCAUGUCACCAUCACCGUCCAAACAAACUUUCCCCUACAUCUACCUGAAUGGUGAGGAAACAGCCGACUCAAGGUUCAUCAUUGAAAAAUGUGCUCAGCGGUUUGGGAAGAGGUUGGACAAUCACCUGACUGAGAUGGAAAAGGCGAUCUUUGUGGCCUACAGUCAUAUGAUAGAAGAACAUUUCGUGAUCACGUAUGCUUGGCACCGGUAUACCUUGGGUGCUGAUACCUUUUGGAAAAACUUUAUGCCAUAUGAGCGGCUGGGUCCUAUGGGAAAGCGUAUGGCAGGCGCACGAGAGUUUAUGCGCAAGGGGAUACAAGAGAGAGCCUGGCUACGUGGGAUAGGUCGUCACUCACCCGAAGAAAUCUACAGGCUAGCCGAGGAGGAUCUCCAAUCACUGUCCACUUACCUUGGAAACAGGGAAUUCUUCUUCGGGAGAGAGCCAUCUGUGAUUGACUGUACUUUGUUUGCCCACCUAUGUCAACUACUUUGCUUAGAUGUUGACUUCCCACCCAAGAAAAAGCUGCAAUCAGAGUGGAAGAAUCUGGCGGAUUAUGUGCAGCGGAUAAAAAUUCGUUUCUAUCCAGACUGGAAUCUUGUGUGUAGCCCUAAGGCAAACGGAACUGACAAUAGGAACUAGUUUUGAGACACGGCCUGGUAUACGACCUGCUCACAGCAUCGACCAGCUCAGCGCUGCACACAGUAGUUCAUUAUCGGUACAGGUUGAACGGGCACAAGUUACGGAAGAAUUCUAGAAUUUUUCAGAGCUAAAGAACAAUUUAGUGUAGCAACUAGUUGAAGUAUGAUGUCACUGGUAUCAGAAAUAGACUGCGUAGAAAUAUACACAUAGGUAAUUCGUUCUUCUCCAGUUGUUUCAUUCACAACAUUUGGGAACUACUAAAUGGCUGACUGAUAUAGAAGACGGUGUUAUUUGAUAAUCUCAUCAGGAAAUGCUCUUUAUUUUAACUUCGAACCAAAAAUAAAUUUCCCACAACGCACUGUUGUCAAGCUCGAUGAGAGUUACAGAACAUCAGGCAAACCGGUAGAUGGUAAGCAUAUUGCUUGUUUUUGUAAAACAUAGAUUCUUCCCUUUUUAGAUUAUCCCCCUUUAUUGUAGGUAUCAGUUCAACUAUCAAAUGCUAUUAGAAUUUCAAAGUACUGAUGUGAUAAAAGUUAAACAAUCACUGCUUGUAAAAUGUCUUGUAAGAUUACCUUCUUUUGAAUCAUUGUGCUUCUGCACAAUGAGAAAUUGACAAUGUAAACAGAAAUAUUUUCCAUCGUCUCAUGUGCUUUAAUACUGAAAUAAAGGCGGGAUACCUACCGCCAAGGGAGGUAAAUCAUGGAAAGGGGAAGUAAGUUAUAUAUUACAAAACUACGGAAAACACAGUUGCAUAUCCUCUCAUGGGUUUUGUGUGAACGGAAACAAUAAUAUCUCUUUACGAAUCUGUGUGUAUUUUUUCCAUAAAAGUUUUAUUUCUGUAAACAGAAGACCUUGUCUGCUUUUUUAACCUACGCGCAACACCUAGAAGACUUUGUCUUCAGUUAAUCUGCUUCUUUUAUCCAUUGUCCAUUACAAAUUUCCAGAAAUAUAAUUAACUUUUUACACAAUGUAUAAAUAAUAUAUACUGUUGUAUACU